AUGGCACCUUCGAUUCUGUUUUAUCCGGCGUUAUGCUUUGCUGUAGCAGCGGACGAGCCCCUGUUGCUCAGGCUGGGGCAAUCUAUGGAUCGCUUCUACGCAGAGCAUCGGCACCACGCCUUUCGUCAAAGACUUGAAAAACACCCGAGAUUCGCCAGUCCUGCUGGCUCCGAUGCUGUGGCAGGGUGGCAGGCCUGGCUGCGGCGAUGCAGCGACGAGGCUUGCUCCUGCAACGCUGUGCCCGUCGAGGGUGCGAACGGGGUACUGCGCGAACCCUGCGACUGUGCGCCGCUGCCAUCCAGCGUAGGGCAAAUCGGUCGAACUCUCCGCCUUGGGCGGGUUCUUUGGUGCAUCGCUGCGGCAGGAGACGUCAGCGUUGCUGCAGACUUCUAUGCCAACGAAGGCGGCAGUGCUUCGCUGCUGGCGCACGGGCUGUCUCAGCACCCGGCUCCUGUACCCCGCCGGCUGUGGACAUUCGAGGUCCAGGCUGAUUGGGCAGCAUCCACAGCAAGAAGCUUGCAGGCUGCUGGUGCAGACGUGUCUCUGGUGAAGCCUGCAUGGUCUGGCUCUGCGGCGCAGGAAGCCUUGUUGAAGGAGGCUCGGGGUGGUGAACCGCGAGCUUCAGUUCGAGCCAUCGUCGUGGCAGAGGCACCUGCCUUUCACCACGACGCAUCAGAGGAAGCGGCAAGCGAGGCGCUGCUGCAGGCCCCUUGCAUGGAGAAGCCGGGCAUCCAGUUUGCAUUCAUUGAUCCUCUUGAGGCCUUCGUCCCGGAGUUUUCUAUACUCUUCACGUCGUGCCCGGAUUUGAAGUGGAUUGCCGUGCACAAUACGAACCUCCAGCAGAUGACGGGAUGGAUUCCGCGAUUCCUGGCAAACCGAACAGGGUGGCACUUGGUGUUGCAGGGAUCUCACGUUUGGCGGCCAGUCGAGUUGACCCGUCACGUGCCCAGACGGCGUGCCUGGCAAAUAUGGGCUCGUGGCGAUGCGCUUCAGGGUGCGCCCUUGCAUUCCUUGGCUGGCGAUGGCCAGGAUGCGGAAGUCAAUAAGCCUAUGAAGCAGAUUCUUUUCUCUGGGUAUGUGAACCCCUGCAGAUACCUUGAAGUCCACCGGCGCACGGUGGGCAUCAACUCCUUCGUGGAGUACCCAGGCGCAGAAGAUCAUGCAAGCAUCCUUGAGCUGGUCCAACGUUUCUGCGGGCAUCCAUUGGCGUGGCAACCACCGUGGUGGUUUGAGAAUCUGCAGCGCCGCCGUCUAGCCAGCCGAUACGGGCAGGCCAGCUGCAGUGGGUCGUUGAGGUCCUCGGCUUGGCGGACUGGCAGCAAUGUGGCCGAUUUGCUUGGUGAUUUUGAGUCGGUGUCGGUCCAGCUCAUCUUGGCGAAAAUACCGAUUUACGGAUACUUCGUCAACUUGGGUGCUGCAGAUGGCGUCUGGUCGGAUCCGCUGAUGUCGUUCACUCGCAAGGGAGCAAGAGGUGUAGCUGUGGAGAUGGAUCCUCAAGCUUGUGCUCGCUAUCGCCGAAACUUCCCGCACGUCAACCUCCUCUGCACGAGGUUGACAAUGGACACGAUUCCAGAACUGGCGAAGCAGGUUGAGUUCGGCGGAUAUGAUGUGCUGAAAGUCGAUGUGGACUCCUAUGACUGCGCUUUGGUCCGGGAGCUGUUGAUGCGCUUCCAUCACCGACCUAGUUGCAUCCUACUGGAGGUGAACAGCGCGUUCCCCCCACCCUUUGAGUUUGCAAUGGAGCCGCACUCGGCUUGGGACUCACUGGAUCCAAAGUUGGUCCGGUAUCAUUUGGCGCAUGGCUGCUCUCUCAGCUAUGCUAUACGAAUGCUUUCUGAUGAACUGCCGGGGCCGAAGUAUGUCCUCCUUCACAUGAGCAAGAAGGAUGCACUGUUUCUUCGGGCGGAUGUCGCAGCUCAGCUCUUGGGAUCCGAUGAGGCGCCGGAUGAGUUCAGAUGCUACGAGGACCAGCUGCUUGAAACCCAUGGAGUGGAGAGUGAUCGACUUCGACGAUGGUACUACGGGUUCAAGGAGCUAACGGCAGGGGCAGACAUCAUGACCGAGGAGGAGGUGGUUGAGGACAUGCGUGAAGUUGUCAGGAGGAAUAUCGAGCUGGUGUUCGGAAGAGGCCUUGCGACUAUGUUGCCCUUCCAGCUGACCUUUCGACGCCAAGAUGUGGCUCCGAUGGAUGCCAACUUCCUCAUGGAUUCAGCCAAGCGGGUAUACUCCCUGGUUCAUGACCUUGGUCGGAAUUAUCUCGUCUUCCGAGAUAUGGUGGACACGACC